AUGGUCUUGGAUCAGCCAACCACAAUUGCCAACUCGAUGCUCGAACAAGAAUCUAUUGGCCUGUCGCAUCAGGAUCAGCUCACCGCUGUGGACAAGGCCUAUAUGGUUGUUGUGCCUCGAAGUGCCGACGGCGAAACACAGCAUUCUUCCAGAGUUGUAAGACAGUCGUCGUUUUGGAUGGGGUCGGCCGGCCGUCAAGCGGCGCAGCCGGGCAUCGUCGACGGGGAAAACACUACAAGGACGGGCCAUAGCACGGAGCGAUCCACACCGGCAGCUCCGUCUUCAGCACCGGACACCGGCUUCUGGACACCUCUACUUCACCGGCGCUACCCGGAAACCCACAGCCAAUCAGUAACGCCACCAGUCGACUGUGGAAUAAGCUUCGAGUCCCCGACCGUCGCGAGCCGCAUCGCUAGCGUGGAUCGGGAGCACACAAGGACCCUUCGUGCAGGGUCGUCGCCCCUUUCUCGCCCGUCGCAUCUCCCGACCGCACCUUGA